UGUUUCUUAACCGUGUGUCACAUGACCCUGUUGUCAGCGUUUGCAGUGGUGGCGAUGAUCAGUGUCAAAGGCAAACUUAACUAAUAUCACAGCUUGCUUAUGUAAACUGAAAAGAAAGUUAAUACUCGCUAAUAGUAAAAAUUCGUUACCAGUGUCCUUUCAGUCUUUGGCUUUUGUCUCUUGUUGUUGUGACGCUAACGUUAGCCUAGCUAGCACAACAUCUGCUAACUGUAGCUAACUAGCUGCGUCCCGUCGGCUGUUGUUGCUGCUGCUGCUGUGAUUUCACCCGGACAAUAAACAUGACGCAGAUUGCUCGUGUCCAGUCAUGGUGUCUAGGACUAACGUUACCUUUGAUUUUAGCUGCUGCCCUCCAUCAGAGUUUUGCUACUGUUACCCCACCAACCACUCCCCAAACCACUGCUGCGCCGCACAAAGACCCCGAGCGACCUGAAAGAGGAAACUAUCAGGUCACCAGCAGCAACGGCACCAUCUGUUUACUAGCGAACAUGGGCAUCCAACUCAACGUCUCCUUCAACUCUUUUUCCCAGAAUAAGACUGUGCACGAUGUUGUGAACCUUAAACCAAAUGAAACAAAGAUUUCUGGCUCAUGUAAGUCAGAGACUGCCAGCCUGCAGCUCACAACAGAUGGGGAUAAAACCAACCUCACCUUUGUCUUCACUUUGAAUACUACGUCCAGCAAGUACCACCUUAAUGAGGUGACUCUGACGGCAGUUUGGCCUGGUGUGAAAGAUCCCAUCUCGGUUAAGAAUAGCAGUCUGGACUACCUGCGGGGAACUCUGGGAUUCUCAUACAAGUGCCGUGAGGAGCAAACUCUGACUGUAUCCCAGGAUUUUUCCAUCAACACCUUCCAGGUGCAGGUGCAGCCCUUCGGCCUGAAGGGAGAUCAGUUUGGAGCAGCUGAGGAAUGCCAGCUGGAUGGAGAUUACCUGUUGAUUCCCAUCAUUGUCGGAGCAGCUUUAGCAGGUCUCGUCUUAAUCGUGCUCUUGGCUUACCUCAUCGGCAGAAAGAGGAGCCACGCUGGCUACCAAACCAUCUGAGGUCACUCAUGUUACCAGAGGCCAGAGUGCGCUAUGACCCAUGCUAACCACUGUUUCAUGAGACUUCAUGCUCGACCUUCUUCCCCUAUGUACCUCCAUCCUUUUCACUCUGUGCAUUUGCUGUUCUUUGCCUUCAUCAGUAACACUAGUUUUGAUCACUCUAUGGAGGUAGAAAUGUGCUUUCUGAAAUUAAACACUCUUUCAUUUAAAAAAAAAAGGGACUCUGCUGGGAGAUUGUAAUAAAAUAAACAAAAACUCUUCUGUUAUGAAGGAAAGCAGGGGAUGCAUGUUGAUCAGAGGGUCAAUGAGAGUCCUCAUGCUGUGUUGUAAUAUUUACCAUUUCUGUGAAAGGAAUUUUCAAGGGAUUGUGGGAUUGGAGUGGAUUGUUACUUUACCUUUUUUUUUUUUUUUUUGUCUGUUUUUGGGUGGCCAUUUUUAUUGGUUUUGCCCAAAGUGAAGUUUGUUAUAAAGGGAAAAAAAUUCUGCCAGUUACACUUAAUCCAGUUCUGACAUUAAAGAUCUGAGAUUACUAGUUAGUUUAUUGAAGUCCACAUGGUGGUGUUUUUGUUUUUGUUCUGAAUUUGAACCCACUCUGGGUUUUGGUUGCUGAAGGGAAAGAUGUUGCACUGAAAUCUUGAGAAACAUAAUAAAAAUGGCCAAAAUGCUCUGGUCAGGGUUUGUCAUUGCCUUCACAGCUGUUACAUGGUCAAGUAAAGCCAAUAUCAGAGGUACUCACUCCCUCACUGACAGUGCGCUGACAUAUAUGGGACAUUUUCCUGUGUCUCACUCAGCCUUUGUGUACUGUUACUACUAUAAAAUUACAUUGAAGUAGAAGAAAACUGCAGAUAAUUAUGUGGGAUUUUUGCUUUUUAUUUUACCUGUUCAUCUUAACAUCCAAAUAGCAAUUUAAUAUUUUAAUGGAUUUGGUUGAACUGUUUUUUAAAAGAAGUCAAUAAAGGUGAAUGAAUGAG